GAGGGUGGUGGGCGGCGGUCUCAAUUUCAUCAUCAAAAAUGAAUCAUUCUGCACAAAAUAUGGCCUCAAUUCGCCAGAGUGGCUGCCGACCAAAUGCAACGUCGUUUUCCUUCAAAACCCACAAUGAAAAAAUAAAACCCCACAAUUAUUAUUAGUGGUCGGCUAUAUCAUACUCAUAAAUUCGCUCAUCAAUGGCCCCACCCCCUCCCCCAUUUCUCCGUAUAAAUCCCCAACCGCCAUAAUCAAACACAAUCACUCACUAAUCUUGUUUGAGUUGCAGAGAUGGAGAACAAAGAGGAGGACGUGAGGGUCGGAGCCAACAAGUUCCCGGAGCACCAGCCCAUCGGCACGGCGGCGCAGAGCCAGGACAAGGACUACAAGGAGCCGCCGCCCGCCCCGCUCUUCGACGCCUCCGAGCUAGCAUCGUGGUCGUUCUACCGAGCUGGGAUCGCCGAAUUCAUCGCCACCUUCCUCUUCCUCUACAUCACCGUGCUCACCGUCAUGGGCGUCAGCAAAUCCGACUCCAAGUGCGCCACCGUCGGCAUCCAGGGCAUCGCCUGGGCCUUCGGCGGCAUGAUCUUCGCCCUCGUCUACUGCACCGCCGGAAUCUCCGGCGGCCACAUCAAUCCCGCCGUCACCUUCGGCCUCUUCCUCGCCAGGAAGCUGUCGCUCAACCGCGCCGUCUUCUACAUGGUCAUGCAGUGCCUCGGCGCCAUCUGCGGCGCCGGCGUCGUCAAGGGCUUCGGGAAGACCCUCUACAUGAGCAAGGGCGGCGGCGCCAAUACGGUGGCGCACGGCUACACCAAGGGCAGCGGCCUCGGCGCCGAGAUCAUCGGCACUUUCGUGCUCGUCUACACCGUCUUCUCCGCCACCGACGCCAAGCGCAGCGCCAGAGACUCCCAUGUCCCCAUAUUGGCUCCGUUGCCUAUCGGAUUCGCGGUGUUCCUGGUACAUUUGGCGACAAUUCCGGUCACCGGAACCGGCAUCAACCCGGCUCGGAGUCUCGGAGCCGCCAUCAUCUACAACAAGAGCCACGCCUGGAACGACCAUUGGAUAUUCUGGGUGGGACCUUUCAUUGGAGCGGCGCUGGCAGCUCUCUACCAUCAGGUGGUGAUAAGGGCCAUUCCGUUCAAGUCCAAGUGAUCUAUCAUUCAAAAAUCAUCCAAUUUGUAGAUGAAUAAUUAAAUUGCAUUCUCUCAAAUCGUUUUCUCCUAGUGUUUUUUUUUUUUAAUUAUUAUUUGGUAUUUGCUUUCUGUUCGGUUUGCCAGCUUGUUGUAUUGUAAAUUAUGUGGUUUGUAUUGAGAGGCCAUGUGAGUAGGCCAAGGCAUAAGUCGCCGACCGUUGUAAUAUCAGAAAGGGGUUUUAUUUAUUUGAAUGAAAAAUCCCUAGCUAC